AUGAAACUCCUUCUGCUGGUCACUCUGCUCACAGGCGCUACUGCACGCAGCAUCAGCCGUCGGGCCGUGUGGCAGUUCCGCAAUGCGUUCGACUGCACCUUUACUUGGAUUGAUGCCUUUUCAGACUACAACUACUAUGGCUGCUACUGUGGCUUGUUUAGUUGGAACGACCUAGUGGAAGACGUAGACAGGUGCUGCCGGACUCGUGACAACUGCCUCGCUCAGGUCUAUAGCCUGGAAAACUGUGGAGUCCUCAUAAAAAAUCCCUACACCAGCCCCUAUGCAUUCUCGUGCUCUGGGAAUGAGAUCACCUGCAGUGACAAAAACAACCCCUGUGAGGCCUUCAUCUGCAACUGUGACCGCCAGGCUGCCAUCUGCUUCUCCAAUACUCCAUACAUCAAGUAUUACAAAGGCAAUGGCUGUUAG